AUGAAGGGUGUAGAAAUUCGUGAAAAAGUUCAAAGGAAGUUGAACAUUGGUAUAUCUAGGUGUAUGGCUUAUAGAGCCAAAGCUAUUGCUUGUGAUGACAUUGAUGGGUCUUUUAAUGAACAAUAUAAGAGGAUAUAUGAUUAUGCGCAUGAGGUGUUGGGAAGAAAUCCAGGAUCUACAGUUAAGGUGGAGGUUGAGAAUAAUCAGGAUGAGGUUAUUUUUAAGAGAUUUUACUGUUGUCUGAAGGCAUGUAAAGACAGCUUUGUGUGUUGUAGGUCAAUAAUUGGAUUAGAUGGAGCCUUUUUGAAAGGGAAGUAUGGUGGUGAGCUUUUAACAGCUGUUGGGCGAGAUGGAAAUGAUCAAAUGUUGCCCAUUGCAUAUGCGGUGGUAGAAGGAGAAAACAAAGAUUCAUGGACGUGGUUUUUGAAUCUUUUGAUUGAUGAUCUUGGUGGUGAAGAAGUAUGUUCAUCAAUAACUUUUGUUUCAGACCAACAAAAGGGUCUACUACCAGCCAUACAACAGCUACUCCCUGGUGUUGACCAGAGGUUUUGUGUCAGACACUUAUAUUCAAACUUCAGGAAAAAAUUCCCAGGUAAAAAUCUCAAACGUCUAAUGUGGAGGGCAGCUACUGCCACUCAUCCAGAAAAUUGGGAGAGGGAAAUGAAAAACAUUAAAGAUGUAAAUGAAGAUGCAUUCAAGCAUUUGAUUGCCAUCCCUCCAAGGAUAUGGCAGAUCACAGGAAUUCCAUGUUGCCACUCCCUAGCCGCAAUGAAGUUUUUCAAUAUUGAUGGACAACAGUUCAUUCCGGCUUGCUUUCUCAAGUCCACCUAUGAAGAAACAUAUGCAUCUAUCAUAUACCCCAUCAAUGGAAACAACAUGUGGGCCCAUGGACCAUAUCCAGAUGUCAUGCCUCCUAGAAAAAAAGUUAUGCCUGGAAGACCUAAAAGGAAAAGAAGGCUGAAAUAG